AUGAUGCUUCAAUCCAUGCAGAACACCUUGCAGUAUUUUUCGGUGGUUGCCGGCACAGUUAUCAUCUUGAUUGUGAUGAACUGCGUCUAUCAACUAUUCAUCAAUCCUCUCCGCAAAUACCCAGGUCCAAAGCUCUCAGCAGUCACCCGAGUCCCCCAUCUCUACCACACUUUAAGAGGUGAUCUUAUCGAAUGGGUGCAAGGCAUACACGUUAGGUACGGCGAUGCGGUCCGUAUUGCCCCGGACGAGCUCAGCUACGCCACCAGCGAAGCAUGGAGAGGGAUUUAUGGCCAUGCAUGUGCAGGUAUUAAAACCACCGAGAAGGAUCCCCGGUUUUACGGUUCGUCGUUCAACGGGGCACCUGAUAUCAUUCGGGCUGGGGGCCCAGAUCAUGCUCGCUUUCGGCGAAACUUCUCGCACGCAUUCUCAGACAAAGCCCUGAGAGAGCAAGAGCCUCUGAUUAGCCGCUAUGCGGAUAUGCUUACCUCAAGGCUUCGAACGGUGGUCCAAGAAAACCCAAAUACCGAAGUUGAAAUGGUGCGCAUGUACAACCUUGCCACAUUCGACAUUAUGGGUGACUUAACCUUUGGAGACACCCUCAAUUUGCUCACUGGAACCGGCAAUAGUGACUGGGUUUCGUUUAUCUUCGACAAUGUCAAAACAAAUGCAAUUCUCAGAUUGGCGGGCUACUAUCCCUGGACUUCUGUCUUUCUUCGGGCACUCAUUCCACAAUCGCUGGUUGAGGCUAGCAUUGCACACCAUGACAAGUGCAAGGAGCGUGUUGAUAAACGGGUUAACCAGGAACUAACUCGGCCGGAUAUUUGGGGUCUGGUCAUGGCCCAAACGGGAAAACUGCGUCUCACCCGCGAGGAGAUGUACGCAAACUCGCAGAUCUUCAUGGCUGCUGGCACUGAAACUACAGCCACGGCCUUGAGUGGCCUGACAUACCAACUCUUACUGAGCCCCGACAAGCUUGGUAAGCUCACAAGUGAGGUUCGCCACACUUUCAAACGUGAUUCGGAUAUCAAUAUUACCACGCUGGCUGGAAUGAAAUACUUGAAUGCAUGUAUUGACGAGGGUCUGCGAAUUUAUCCCCCGGUUCCUGCGGGUAUGCCUAGAGUAACUCCGAGUGAUGGGCUCUUGGUUUGCGGAGAACACGUCCCAGGAAAUACUGCUAUCUCAGUGAGCCAGUGGGUAACGUAUCGCAAUCCCAAGAAUUUCACUCGACCAAAUGAAUUUCUCCCUGAGCGCUGGACCGAUGAUAUUAGAUUCGCCAGUGAUGACAAGUUCGCUUUCCAACCGUUCUCAUAUGGUCCUCGAAACUGCAUUGGAAAGAACCUUGCAUACCACGAAAUGCGACUCAUCCUCGCCAAGGUCAUAUACAAUUUUGACCUAUCUUUGGUUCCGGAGUCGGUUGGUUGGGAGAACCAGAGGACAUUCAUGUUGUGGGAAAAGAACAGGCUCUUGGUCCAUCUCAAGCCAAGGAACUAA